GAGACCCUGCACAUCUCUAAUGCCCACCAGUCAGAUGCAGGAGAGUAUUACUGCACUGCUGAAAAUAACUUAGGUCAGGACAAAAGAAAGGCCACCAUAACAGUUUUCUCUGCUGAUCCUGAAGAGGAUUUAUUAUCUACAAUCCCAGAAAUCAAGCCAGACCGUCCUACAAAUCCUAUCAAUGACCAGAAUUUAAAAUCUUAUAAAGAUAUUUUCCUGAAGAACUCACCAACACAUUCUAUCAGCAUUCCUACUCCAAUUUCCUCUUAUACUUCUCUCACCGACCAUGACAAUGUGAACACAGGAGAAACACAGAAAAACCAAGACCUCACAAGAAUACCAGGGCCACAGUUGGUCUUCCCUUACCACAAAACCCUAGAAACUCAUACACAAAAAAGACAUGCAGAUGUUACUCCAAGUAAUCUAAUCACCCAGCAUACAGAUGAGGCAAUGUUACUCCCGAGCCACAAGCAACCUGAAUCACUGUCUGCACACAGUCUGCAGACCUCCAAUCAGAUUUCUCUCAAAGGAAUUUCUGACCAGCAUACAAGCUCACAGCAAGAUCACUCCUCUCCCAGCUCAGUGGUUCAGGUCCUUGAACUAUCUCAGACAUCUGGGUUCACAUUGUAUGAUAGGAACAGUGUCACCAGUACAACACCUCUGGAGGUCCACCAUUACAGGAGUCAGACUGCUGAGCAGCUUACAGCCACCAAGGCAUCCCAGGCAAAUAAUACUGAAUUAUUUGAAAUGUUAAAUAAAACCACCUCAAAGGCCACCAUGAGGACCACAGACAACAAUGCCAGGGAGAAGAGGAAGUCACAGAGUUGGCUGCCUUUGCUGGAAAAACAUGACAUUCCAAUUGUGGUUGGAGUGGGAGUUUCAUUGGCAUUCAUUUUUGUUACCAUGGCUUUCUAUUCAUUGUUUCGGAAAAAUGACCCUGUAGCCAUAACUACAGGACGAGCAGCUCUCAGAGGUCUUGGCGGCCCUUGCAGGCAUGGAGAACGCCUUGCCAUUGAAAGGACAUAUGAUAAUAAAGCAUUUGAGGAUGACAACAUGGUUGCUGUUAUCGAGCAAAGCCCAAACACGUCAGAGAUGAGAGCCCAUCCUCCAACUUCCAGUCCAUCCACUUUGCUAAUGGAGCCCUCUUAUGAUGAUACACAAGAAGAUAUCCAACCAAGCCAAGACAUGCCUGUCAUAGUGGAAACACACUCCGAGCCCUCUGAGUUUGAGACCUCGUUUGAGGAAGGCAAAGCCACACCCUCUCUCCCAUCUGACGUCCAACUUCAUUGCAUGGAAGACUUGAGGAGCCAAGAUUUGGGGCAGUGCCAAAGGGAUGCAUCUUCACCACCCCUUUCCAACCCUGUGGGCACUCAGGAAGAUGGUCUCCGCUCCUCUUUGACCCUGCAGACCAGUGAUUCCUCCUCCACACCAGUACACCACAGUAUCAGCCUCUCACAUGCCUCCUGUCCCCUCAUGCUGUCCCACUGUGUCACCCUGGGCAUGACAUCUGUUUCUGUUGAUGUACACUUCUACCCCUCCACCCCAACACAGUAUGGGCCUCUGAGACCUCAGAGCAAUGUCCGACAUGAGCAUGAUCAAAAUGCUCUGUCUUCUCACCAUGGCAAAUCAUGAAUCAUGGAAAAGAAACCUCUGACAGGGCUAUUAUCUACUUGAAUGCUACCUGGAGACAAACAAAGAAAUGUCCCACUCAGAGGGAAGGCUAAGGUUUCUUUGUUUCUUUUCUGAUCUAUAAGGUGCUGUUGGUUUGCUUAUUUUUUCUGCUUUUAUAAUUCUCCUGUUCAACAUUCCUGGUUAUAAUAUUAGUACAUCAUUAUACAGUACAUUAUAAUAGUACAUCAUUAAUUCUUUUUAGAAACAAACACAAAAGAAAUCAUGUCAAUCAAAAAUCUGUGCAUAUGUGUGCACUUUAGAAAUGAAAUGAAAUUAUAUGAAUUAAUAAUAUUUAAUUACAUUUUAAUGCAGCAUGCUUAUUUGAUAUUAUUAGGAUAGUAACAAAUAUUUCUAGAGAAUGAAUGCCACAAAACUAUCUGCAUCGGUUUGCAGUUAAACCGUUAUAUAUGAAAAAUGCAUGAAUGAAUGGCUUAGCAUUAGGAAAUUUCUAGUGGAAAUCAACAUGACUGUUACAGUUACAGAACCAAAGGUUGUGCUACCUUUUCACUGAACAAAUCUGUUUUAUGUUAGUAUCAGCAAAAUUAUAUAGAAUAUUAUAAAUUGUAAAUUCAAGUGUUGUGUUUUUUGAAUAAUCUUUAAAUAGUCAAUAUACCAUUUAUUAAAACACUAUUUUGUUGUAUUUGUUCCUUUUGCUACAAAUAAUAAAUAGGCUUAUAGAUGACAUUUAAAAGGGGCCCAAAAUUUCACAGAGGAAAUAAUAUUCACAAACAAAUCUGUAAGUUCUGAAAAAGAUCUAUUUUAUUAAUAAAAUUGCCAAUCAGUCUAUCCAUUUAAAUCAGAAAAAGCCUUUCACGCUCAGAAUUUAGAAUUGAUUAAACAACUAAUAAAACAAAAACAAACAAAAAACAACUACACAAACAAUCCAGUAAUGUCAUAAUCUUGCUGUCCUAUCCUGUUAAUUCAGCAGUAGAUCCUUAUAUUUUACUCACAUUUGCAGCAGUUAAAAAUGAGUUACAAAUGACCUCUUAUUAACUAACCUUAAACCAGUGCUUCAGAAAGUACAUUUACUGUAAUAAACCUGCCUCAGUGGCAGUCAUCAUACAUCACAAAAACACUUUUCAAUAUCCCAUGCCUUAAUACUCUUUAGUGCAUGACUGGGCAGAGCACUGAUUACAGGUUACAGGAUUCACUGAUAUAAAUCUAACUGUUAUUUACCCAUAUAACAGUUUGCUCAUGAACCCAAAUUACUGUGUGACAGCAUCACUGAUUAAUGUCUGUUUGAAAACUGUUCAAGACAAAGCAUGACUUGCUUUUUUCUCAAGCCCAAAAAGUCUCAAGCAAUCCUACAGGGGAAGAAAAUAAACAUUUUAAGCCUAUUCCUAGAAAUGACACAUACACUCAAUAACUACUUUAAUAACUCAAUACCUUGCACACUAAUGUAAGUACAUUACAGUAAAUCAUGUAAACACUGGUCAUGAGUUUUAUUCAGACCACUAGGGUAGUUGUUGGUGCAAGACAGGUCAGAACACAAGUAGUAAGCCCUUGUGUGAUACAAUAAUUCACAUGCCCAUUCUUUAUAACUGUGUUAAAUAAAAAAGCAUUUCUAUGAACAACAAGUCAAACUUUGAGGCAGAUGUGCUAAGACACACUGUCUGUUUUUCACACUGCUAUAAGAAUAAAAACCUGAAGUAACCAAACUACUGGGUAGUUUUGAGGAUGUUCCCACUGUUGCCUCAGUUUCCUGCGCACUUACAGUAGAGAAACCCUGAAACGGUCUUCUCUUAUUCUAACCUGUCUGUUUCUGCAUGAUUUUAUGUCUCAUGAUUGGAUAGAUGCAUGUAUGAGCAGGGCUUGUGAGUGUAUGGCAAUGAAGAUUAUUGUAUAGUGUAUGGAAUGUAGAUUAUAUUCUGCUGCUUUAGGGUGAUAUUAGCACCGCACAAAGAUUCUUUUAUGCCCAAGUGUUAUUACAAUACAUUACAUUGUGUCUGAUAUGUAAACAUUUAUCACUGUUCUAUUUUCUGUUCUGUUAUGCUGUGGGAAAUUGCAUAAUGCCCCAGAGAGUAUAGAGGGAGAUAUUUGAACAUUUCACCCUUUGCUGAGUCUAUAUGCAGUUUUAAAUUAAAAGGCAUUUUGAAGCUCCCUGGGCUUUAA